UCCUCUUUGUUAACAGUUGUUGUUGUUUUUUAGUAACGUUAUUAGUUUUGUUUCAGAUAAGAUUCUUUGUUUGUAAAACAAUUGAUUAAGAUGACAGACAGAAAACUAAAAACACAGAAGCGCUCUUUCACACACGCGCACGCGCGUGGCUGUUGUUGUUUUGCGCGUGACACGAGCUGCCAGAUCCAGUCCCUCGGUUACUGUACUAAUAUCAGCACUAUUAAUAAUCGUGAUGAGUGAAACAGUGGCUCGAGAGAGAAGCGGACACACCGCGGCGGCGGACGGACAGUAUUUAUAUGUCUGGGGUGGUUAUGUGUCGGUGGCAGAACAUGAAGUUUUUCUUCCAAAUGACGAGCUUUGGCUGUAUGACUUAGAAACUGGGUUAUGGGUCAGGCGUGGGAUGUCUGGGACGGUUCCCCCGUCUCUCUCCGGGACCUGUGGCUGUAUUGUGAACGGACUCCUGUAUAUAUUCGGAGGCUGCUGUGAUGAUGGACAGACCAAUGAACUCUACUCCGUCGAUCUCCACGAUGGGGCGUUCAGCUGGAGGAAGCUCGAGCCCCAGUCCGGGUCUGCCCCGUCACCGCGAGACAAACUGUCCUGUUGGGUUCAUAAAGGAAGAAUGGUCUACUUCGGUGGAUAUGGCCACAAGCUGCGGAGCGACAUCAGGGACCCGAGGAGCUUCGCUGUGGAUGAAGCAUCAUGGGCCGAGGACCUCUUCUGGGGGUGGAACAACGAAACGCACGAGUUCGAUCCGGAUAGCAGAAGGUGGACUGAACCUCAGACCUUCGGUCGCGCUCCUGCACCGCGAGCCGCUCACGCUAGUGCUACGAUCGGCAGUAAAGGUUUCGUAUGUGGAGGGAGAAUAAAGGAAACUAGAACAUGUGAUGUAUUUUGUCUGGAUUUGAAUUCAUGGACAUGGUCAGAAAUCGUCUCCUGCAGCGUCUCUCCCUCGGGUCGAUCAUGGCACACUCUCUCACCAGUGUCAGACUCCUCACUCUUUCUGUUCGGUGGACUCAGUGAAGACUGCAGACCCAUGAGCGACGGCUGGCUGCUGGAUCUGGAGACGCGAGGAUGGGCGAGGAAGGAGCAUCCGCACGAGGACAAGCCACGGCUUUGGCACAGCGCUUGUCCCGGAAGAGACUCGGAUGUGAUUGUGUUCGGAGGGAGUCAUGAUUAUAUUCUUCUGGUGGACAAAGGCCACUGCAACGACGCGCUGGUGUUCCAGACCCAGCCGUACCCGCUGAUCCGGUUGUGCCAGGACUUCAUUGCAAACCAUUCCAGUGUGUUUCAGUCCCAGAUCCAGUGUUUACCCCCGAAGCUGAGGCGCGCUGUGGAGAAACGGGCCAGCAGAACACCACAGAACAUGUUCAGAACCUCCCAGUGACUCGCUUUAGAAUAAGCAACUGGGUGACACUUUAUUUUACAGUGUCCUUGUUACAUGUACUUAUCGACGACAUCACAGUUUGUUUUCUUCAGAGCGCCUAUAUAUAUAUACACGUCCUGUAUAUAUAUAUAUAUAGACAAUUUCACAAGAUGUAAACAACACUGG